AUGGAAGAAAGUUACAUUAUGCGUGAGCGGAUGUCUGGUGCUAUUAACGCGCUAAGCAUAUCGCCAGAUGGUAAUGCAGUUGUUGUUGCUGGAAGAGAAAUUUUAAAAGUUUACAAUAUCCAAAAGACAGAGAUCUCAGAAUCAUUGAAUCUGAGAGCAGGAAGCCACUUUAAUCUCAAUUAUAGUAGUAAUGAUGUGAAAUGGGGCAACAAUGCUACCAAACACAAAGUAGCCACAGCCGCCACCAAUGUGGCUUUAGAACGAGUUAUUACAGAGCAUUCUCGAGCCGUCAAUCGUAUUUGCUUUCAACCAGAUAAUGGAAAUAUUCUUUUAAGUGCUUCACAAGAUGGAGGUAAUAAGGAUUUUAGAGACCCAAAAAAUGGAGCCAAGUUUAGGUUUGAAGGCAAAUCAGAAUCUGUUAGAGACGUUCAGUUUAAUCCUAUCAAUAUAUAUGAAUUUGCUGCUGCAUUUGAGACGGGCACAAUUCAGAAAUGGGAUAUGCGUAAUGUAAAAGCACUUUAUGAUCGAAAAGUAAGUGCCCAUAAUGGUCCUUGUUUGACCGUCGAUUGGCAUCCCAAUGGAAGACUUGUAGCAAGUGGAGGUAGAGACAAAACUAUCAAAGUAUGGGACAUGUCAGCGGACAAUCGAAGACCCCUUUAUACAAUUCGUACAAUGGCAUCUGUCUCUCGUAUACAAUGGCGUCCUGGAUUUGACAAUGAAAUAGCUUCUUGUGCCUUAUUGACAGAUAGUCGUAUUCAUAUUUGGGAUAUAAGAAGACCUAAUAUUGCCAAAUUCACAUUUGAUGAACAUGAUGCAACACCCACAGGCUUUUUAUGGUUUAAUUCAAAUGAACUGUUGUCUGUAUCCAAAGAUAAAUGGUUUAUUCGACAAAAGAUUAAGGGAUCGUAUCGGCCACUUGAUCUUUUGAAGCGCAAUGGAAUGGGCUGGAACGUUCAAGGAGAUAUUGCUUUUACUAUUGAUAAAAGCUCCAGAGAUCAAUUUGUAGAUGAAAGCUUAGUUGCAAAACCCUCUACCGAUUCACCAAGAAACUGGAAGAAACUCGUCAAGAGUAAUAUGGAAGAAGAAAUCAUUCAAUAUAUACCACCACAAAGUUGUGGAAUUGUACAUAUGCCAUUGUUUGAUUUUGAAGCAUUCUCUAUUUUUGCAGAAAACUAUAUUAUUUCUGGUGAUAAUAUUCCAUUAGCAUGUGAGAUGAAUGGCGAACUCGCAUGGAAGAUGGGGAGAUAUCGUACAGCUCAAACGUGGAAGAUUAUCAGCAUGUUCUAUAGCGAUGAUGAGCCUGAAGAUGGGCAAGCAUUGCUGCUAGAAAAAUUGAAUGAAAGUGUGAAUGAUAUUGAGCAAGUUUCUGAUAAAGAAGAAGAAGAGAGGGGGGAAGAGGAGGAAGACGUGGAGGAAGAAGAAGAUAUAGACAAUGAGAGCUUCAGUGAAAUUUCAGAUGAAGUAUCACAGUCGUCGAAAGAAGAUUUGGAGAGUUUAAGCACAAGUGCUUGUUCUGUACAAAUGUCUUGUUCUUCUUUCAAUCUAAGGAUCCCUUGGAAACAUGAACCUGUGGUAUUAGAUUUACUACAGUACUAUACAGAUCAGGGAGAUAUACAAAUGUGUGUUACUCUAUAUCUUGUGUUGGAGAAACAUCUUACUAUUGAUAAUGAACGUAUAGAGGACUGGUUUACUGCAUACAUAGACCUUUUACAUCGAUUUAAACUAUGGACUACAGCAACGGCUAUUAUUAAAGCAUGUAAAGUCCAAAGUGUACGAGAAAGGAACGAGAAUGCUACUACAAUCAAUGUUGCUUGUAAUACUUGCUUUAAGCUAGUGAGUGGUACUUCUAAUGGUGCUUGGGCAUGCGAUAAAUGUCAUCGUCUGCUGAAUCCUUGCACUAUUUGCCAUCAAACUGUGCGUGGAUUAUAUGUUUGGUGUCAAGGCUGUAAUCAUGGUGGUCAUCUUACUCAUAUGCGAGAAUGGUUUGCUAUAGAAAGCCAGUGUGCUACAGGCUGUGGACAUACAUGCGUCUUGCAACCUUUAUUAUCAGCUUUGCCAGCGGAUGCAUCUUCAAAAUAG